AUGUUCCAAACGAACUUCGUACCUUCUCUAAUGCACGCAGAACAAAUCCACGAGCUGCGCAACGCGCACUACAAUGAACUUGCAGGCAUCAACUUGGAAGUAGAACGUGCUCGUGCGCUCCUGUCGAAGUUGGAAUACAAGCAGAAUGAGCUCAGAGUAGUGAUAGGAGAAUUGGAGGCGCUGCUCUCACCCAUUCGGCGUAUGCCAACGGAGAUUAUAGCAAAGGUGUUCGAACACUGCAUUCACUCCGAUGAAGGGCAACCUCGCGCCAAUGCAGUGGAAGCCCCACUACUGCUCGCACAGGUAUGCAGCGCCUGGCGGGAACUGUUGUUCUCACAUCCUUGCUUGUGGACUUCGCUCGAAAUAAUUUUCCCUGCUAAAUCAUCAGAAUGGACAAAGUUCAUACAGAACAAAACCAUGAUACUGCGGUUGUGGCUAUUGCGAUCAAAAUCACUUCCUAUCUCUCUCACUCUCGCGGAUUUCGGAGCACCGUGUAUUCCCUGGACUAGCCUGAUGUUGCUGGAUCAAGACCUUCUAACAGCUGCCAGUCGUCUAGAGACUUUGGCCAUCAGUUUGCGAUCAAGCACCAUGAGUUCUAUACUUACAUUCGCACAAUGCCACCUCCCGGCUCUACGACAUCUAGAACUCCACGACAGUACUUUCUUCACGGAAAGGCAGCACCCCGCUCCUCUCAUUUUACACUCCGCACCUCUUCUUCGAAGUUUCUCAGUUUCCUGGUGUAGCCUUGACCUACAGGAAUUCCAGGUACCUUGGGGUCAGCUUACAGAAUUAUCUGUGCUGUACGACGCAGGAUACCAAUGGGAGCCACGUCAUAGCGAUUAUGUUGAUAUCCUGGCGCAGUGCCGUAGCCUCGUGUCGUGCUCCCUAGGCAUUGGAUGGGUAGACGAUGCGGUCCGCUCCGAAGACAACCGUUCUGUCGCGCUUCCUCAUCUAGAAACGUUAAGAUUACGUUUUUACAAAUAUUCUUCUUACCACCAACGUCUAUUGAACACAUUAGAGGCUCCGGAGCUUCGGGAACUUGACGUACAGAACGGCAAGCGGGUGAUGGGACCGUACAGAGGACAGAGAGAAUGCUUUCCCUUGAUCGUUCGCUCAGCUCAUACUCUUGAAAAGCUGGUUCUGGAUAGCAUCGAUGCACCAGAUAGCGACGUCGUGGAGUGCCUUGAACACGCCUCCAAUCUCAGAUCGCUGCGUUUCCUUUGUAGCCCUAUGAGGAUACUUCGUGAUCUGAUCCCCGCACUCACUACAUCGCCCCCAGGCGGCUGCGCCGCCCCAAUGUCGCAAGCAACAUGUCCGCGAAUGGAAAAUCUUCAUUUCAGAUGUUCGUCGGGUGUUGCCGUUAGCGCUAUUGCGGACAUGGUGAGAUCUCGAUGUGGAGGGACCACCGCAGUGCGCGGCACUCCUUGUCUGAAGAAGUUUCGUUUGGAUUACGCACAUGUUGACCACGGGCCUGAUAUCCGGGACCAGAAGAUUGCUGCUUUGUCGUCACUCCUGAAGGAUUGUGUCGAGCAGGGGCUAGAGUUGACGUUGACCAAGUCGCAUGCCUCUGGGAAAUGA